UUCCGGUUGUGUUGUAUGUCGUCGCUGGAGAUUUGCAGUAGAGCCUAGAGGUUCGAACGUUAUUUACGAAACAUUAUUUGCACCGUGACACAAUGGUGUUAUCGCAUUUACACGCGCUUGCAAGAGCAGCUAAUUGAUCCAACACGGAGAAAAUGCCUCUGGUCGAAGGCUUCGGUGAUGAGGUUGUCAUCGUCCUGUCAGCCGUCUUGGGAAUCGCUGUGCUUGUCGUCGCUUGGUUCUCCACGUCGGUGAGGGACUAUCCAUGGCGAUCAAUAAUAAUAGUGCAGUACAGGCGGCAGUCGCAGCAGGCAGAAAGAGUCGUGGCUGCCGAAAUCUCUACGUCAUCGCUAGCCGACUUGACGCAGGUGCCUCCAGCUUCUAGUCAGAGCGCCGAUGCGGCCACUUCCGCGUCGGAAACCAGGAGGAACACUGUUGAAGGCCAGCAAGCAGACUGCAAAGAGCGCGAGGAGAGCAGGCAGGAUGGCACUGAUGCAGCACCACGCGAUGCCACAGAAACGGUCGCACCCGUUACUGACGGCGGGGGACAAGCACGGACACGUUGCCACGACGACGACUAUGUGAUUGGUGAUGAGGCUGAAGGUGCUGGCCAAUCACAGACAGGUUGCCAUGGUGAUGAUGCUGAGCUUGAUACUGAAGCUGCAGGCACCGAUUCCAGUUCCACUGCUAGGAAGGUGUCAACGAGUACAAGUACCCAAGAUGUACACAUGUCAGAUGCCAGAGAUGGCAAUCAAGCUGAUGAUAUAGAUGAGCUCUCUAACCCUAGCCCUAGGAACCCGAGUGAAUGUAAUGAAAUUAAAGAGGCAUCCUCUAGUCAACAGCAAGUGACGCGAUCAGAAAUAAGGGUGCGACUAAAAUACCUUAACGAGUCAGAGCGCAUCGUACAGGCACAGGGUACUGACACGAUAGAAGAGUUUAGAAGCACGCACUUCGAAGAGGAGCUGUCGGCGGGCCACCGCGUUCGCUUCAUCUCGAACGGGCAGAUGCUGGAGAACGGCGCGCGCUCGCUGCGUGCGUACGGCAUCGGCGACAACGGUGUGCUGCACGUGUUGCUGACGCAGCCCGCGCGUGACGAGCGGCCGCUGCGCGAUGACGCCGAGGCCGAGCUCGACGUCGGCCACCUCAUGUUCCCGCUGUUCGGCGUCGUGCUCGCCGUCGUCUGGUACCUGCGCCUGAAGCACAAGCAGUACUUCAACAUGACGUCGACGCUAACGCUCGUCGGCAUCACGGCGCUGUUCGGCCUCAGCUUGUUCGCGCUGUGGAGAAGUCGCAGGGAAGAGGACGUUGCGCAACAGCAGCAGCAGCAGCAGCAGUCUGUUAGAUGAUUCGUUAUAUGUGCUUGAGCAUGCUUCGAUGCUUAUCAAGGCUACUUGGUCGCAACUGUGACUAGGUUGCAAUCGUGACUAGUGGGUCGCGGUUCCGAGAAAAGUGAUCAGGUUUUGUUAGCUUCACCGGUGUAGCCCCUUUGUUUCCCCUCGCUCCUGUUGCUAUACCGGUAGAGCUAGGGUUUUGUAGAUCAUUGUAUUUAUUUUUAGCAAAGUUAGUAGAGCAAACUGAGAUAUGUGCAGAUGCUUCUAAUUAAUUUUUAGUUUUCUGAAAAAAUAAGUGAUUAGAAUCAUGUGCUCAGCUUGGUCACAAUUAUACGUGUUUGAUGAGAUUGGAACGUUUGGUGGUUCCCACAGCAUCCAACUGUCUGGAGUUUUGAUUUCAAAUCUUUUGUGACCUCACAGGUGAACCCUAAAUGCAGCAGUGACCCCUUAAUUCUUUUACAAGUGAAACAAGCAUACUUCCGUGGAGAUGGUUCGCAGUGUGAACCAAUGUGUAAAGCAUGUCCAUCGAUAAAGCGAGUAUGAAUGCUAUGUAUCGAAUAAUAGUGUGUAUUUAUAAAGACACGUGAUUAUGUUUUGUUAAUUUAGAAUUACUUCACAUGUAUAGGUUAUGAUGAAAUUAUAUAGCAGUAUCUGCAAAUCUUGAAUAAAAAAAUAAGUUCACUUGAUACAACUGCCACACUAUAAUUACACAGGGAAAUUCUGUGUUUGUAACUCUUUCCUCGUAGUUCGUAGUAGUUAUCUUUUAAAUGCAUAGUGGUCUAAAUUAAUACUUUCAGGACAGUGGGUGUGAUAUUUUAUUAGCUAUCCUGAAUAUUUCCAAGAAAUUGUUAAAUCUGGGUGAAAACUUAAUUUGAUAAUUUUAUCAUUUGAAGUGGGGGAAUGGAUCGACGGACAGUAAUUUUAUUACAAUUUUUGUGCAGAGCGGGAGUGGAAUUUUCCCCAUUUCUAUUAUAACCCAUGGUUUCAAAAUGAUUACUCCUGUCAGCAUUUAGAUAACUAAAAAUGUUGUUUUGCACAGAAUAAUGACAAGGCAAAACAUGGUUGCUUAGAUUGGUUCUCCGAUGCAGCGAUCGAAAACAAUUUUAGUAAGCCUACAUAAGUGGGAUAGAUUUGCAAACAUGUCUUUGUUUAAUAAAUGGUAUUUUAACCAAUUAUCUGACUUGGUUCAGUAUUCACUUAAAAAUAUGCAACGUGAUAUACUGUCCCAAGCUAGCCAGUAUCGAGCAUUUUUGCACUACUACUUAAUCCCACCAUGGAUUUACCUUAUAAAUCGAAGAUGCUACUGACAUGAAAUGCCAUAAGUUUGUAAUUUCGCAUACACGUCCCAAUGCAGAUGUGUAUGUAAAGCUUGGAUUAGAGCGCAAUUUAGCACUAUAAUGCCUGCACAUCUUGCUGUUACAUAAUGCAUUUCGGUAUAGGGAGUGUUUGUAAUAUAUAAAUACGUACCAUGUUAGGUACACAUUUAAGAGGCCUGUGUACAUGUUACACAUGCGUGCGAGUAAAUGCGUUAUAUGAUAUUAUCUUGUAUGUUGUUAUAUAAAGUGUGACACACUCGACUGAAAUAGUAGCCAGCGUUUUGGAAAUUACAAGCCUUUAAUAGAGCUGAAGUUGGUUUUAUAUUAGUUGCAAAAUACACGGGGUAUACUUUGGUUAUCUUGUCACGCUUAAAAUCUAUCCUUAUAGUCAUCUGUGGAGUUUUCCAGAAUGAAUUAAAGCAACUUUUAACAUUAA